UAGAAGUUUCCGACCAAUCGGUGCUGGUUGUACGAAAACAUCGAGAAUUUUCGAGGCUUUUGUUGUCUGAUAAUAUAUAAACAAAUCUUUCAGAUUUGACGUUAACAGUUGAAUACUAAAGCCGUGUUAGUGUAUUUCGCAUAUCAAUCAAAAGUUGUUUGCCUAGUAAAUUAGUGUCAUUGAAGAUGUCUUUACUAGCCUUUUUUGACGAUUACCAACGCCCCAGCAGGCUGCCAGACCAACAUUUCGGUCUGGGGCUGUCGCCAGAAGACUUUUUGGAGGCCCUCACCGACCCAAGAAUGGUUGUCAGGUGCCCUGCCGGGUACAUGAGACCCUGGAGGACGGAAUUAUCAAGACAGGACACCGGUUCCACCGUAAGUUUGGACAAGGAUCGAUUCCAGGCCAACUUAGACGUGCAACAGUUCAAACCAGAGGAGAUAACUGUCAAAUUGACAGAUGAUAACACCGUUACUAUCGAAGGAAAACAUGAGGAGAAACAGGAUGAGCAUGGUUUCAUUUCCAGGCAUUUUGUAAGAAGGUACGUUCUGCCGAAAAAUUGCGAUCCUAGUCAGCUCCAGUCGAAACUUUCAUCUGAUGGAGUUUUGACCAUCACUGCUCCAACCAAGAACCAGCAGAUCGAGCACAAGGAGAUACCCAUCCAACAGACUGGACAGCCCGCGAAGAGAAUUGAGAAGAAAGCGGAAAACACUGAUAAACAAUGAGAAAGUAUCAAGUAUUUGUAGACAUUAUGUCUCUUUGUGUUAUUUAAGGUGGCUUGUAGGUGCAAAGCCUUGUCUCAAUGUAUUUAUUUUUAGUUAAUAUUUCACAAGUCUGAAUAGUUAAUGUGUUAUCACUUUUGUACCAACAUUUUGUGUUAAUAAAUAUUUUAGAAAAAUCUAA